UUAUGGAAGGCACCAUGUCACAGUAAAGAACACGUAGCCUGAGCUGUCACAUGAUGAGCAUCUCCCUCCAUAUAAGUCCAAUUACCUGCUGCACAAUGGGCAUCCUUAUCUUGUACAGCUAAAGCCAGGGAGAGGUCGCACAGAGAGCGACAGAGAUGGGAGCCCUUGAUGCUAUCGUGGCUCUGUUGCUCGUUUCCAAUGUAUUCGCCGGAGCUGUCGCGGCGGCCGGCCCAAAAGUCAUCGUCGUCGGAGCCGGCAUGUCUGGGAUCUCUGCCGCGAAGACGCUGUCGGACGCCGGCAUAAAGGACAUACUGAUCCUGGAGGCCACGGACCGCAUCGGUGGCCGCAUGCGCAAAGUCAACUUCGCAGGGAUGAACGUGGAGAUGGGAGCCAACUGGGUGGAAGGAGUGAACGGCCCUGAGUUGAACCCCAUUUGGAAGAUGGCCAAUAAGCUCCACCUGAGGAACUUCUUCUCAGACUACAGCAACCUCUCCUCCAACACCUACAAUGAGAUUGGUGGGCUUUACCAGAGCUCCGAAGUUGACGAGGUCAUCGAGGAGGCCGCCAAGGUCAAUAGCUUUGGAGAGAAGCUCUCCGCAUCCUUACCUCCCAGCGGCCGCGAGGACGUCUCCAUUUUGACGUCUCAACGCCUGAAGAACCAUGUUCCUUCCACCGCGUUGGAAAUGGUGGUGGAUUACUACACCUACGACUACGAGUUCGCGGAGCCACCGAGGGUGACGAGUCUCCAGAAUACUGUUCCCUUGCCCACGUUCGCCAACUUUGGGGAGGACGUCUACUUUGUGGCGGACCAACGAGGCUACGAGAGUCUGGUGUACGACUUGGCCGGCCAGUUCCUAAGGACGGCCAAGAACGGCACCAUUGUAGAUCCUCGUCUCCUCCUUGGAAAGGUAGUGAGACGUAUACGACACUUUCAAAGUGGUGUAGUUGUUGUCACAGAGGAUGGAUCAGUUUACAAAGCAGAUUAUGUAAUUGUUUCAGUUAGCAUUGGUGUUCUUCAAACCAAACUCAUCAAGUUUGAGCCAGACUUGCCUCAAUGGAAGAUCCUUGCAAUGUACCAGUUCGAUAUGGCGGUAUACACCAAGAUCUUUCUCAAAUUUCCUUACAAGUUUUGGCCUGAGGGAAAUGGGACAGAAUUCUUUCUCUAUGCUAAUGAAAGAAGAGGAUAUUAUCCAGUGUGGCAGCAAUUCGAGAAGCAAUACCCAGGAGCCAAUGUUCUACUGGUCACGGUAACAGAUGAGGAAUCAAGGAGGAUAGAGCAGCAGCCAGACUCCCAAACCAAGGCAGAAGCUAUGGAGGUCUUGAGGAACAUGUUCGGGAAACAUAUUCCCGAGGCCACAGAUAUACUUGUUCCCAGGUGGUGGUCUGAUAGGUUCUUCAAGGGCGCCUUCUCCAAUUGGCCACUUGGUGUCAACCGUUAUGAGUAUGAUCAGAUCAGGGCACCAAUUGGAAAGGUUUAUUUCACUGGUGAACACACAAGCGAGCACUACAAUGGUUACGUCCAUGGUGCAUAUCUUGCAGGGAUUGAUUCUGCCAAUAUGAUGAUCAAAUGUAUCAAGCACAAGAUUUGCAAGUAUGAAAUCAAGCCGAAGGAUUCUUAGGUCCCAUGAGGUGGAUCACAAAUAAGGUGACCAUUCCAUUUCGCUCUAGGAGGAUCAAAACAUUUCUCGGAUCUCGGCAAUGCCUCUCAGUGUAUUCCUUCUUGAGAAUAAACAAGGGUGCUUUUCACCUUUCAUGAAUAAUUCGCAUGGAGAGGCUUUUAGCUUUAUUAUUUCUUGUUAAGCUUGGAUAAAUAGACAUGUUUAGAACUAAUGAUUAUGGC